AUGAAGGCGAAGCUGGAUGAAAAAACUGCUGAAACUGAUCGCUUCUCUUCGCAGCUGAGGGAGCAAAAGGCUACAUAUGAAGCCAAACUUGAUGACAAAAUUUCUGAGCUAACUACUCAAGAUGCUGAGCGGGAUACCCUCCGCUUAGACUUGGCGACCUCCCAGAACUUGAUAUCUUCUAAGGAAUCUAAACUAGUGAGUGUCUCGAUCGAUCUGGCAACUACUCGGGUGGACUUGGAGGCAUACCUAGUGGGAGAAGACGACCUCUUCGAGAUAAGGAAGAAAGCUCUUCUUCAAAUGCGCAAAUUCAACAUGCCUAUUGCCCACUCCAUCAACGAGGCACUCCUUGUCAGGGUAGAGGGUGCAAUAGUGCAAUUGAAGGAGGGCAGGUCGAGAACAAGAGGGCGUCCUUUUGUCUCCGAAAACCUAAUCGACUCACUCGUCGAUUUCAAGCUACGGGAGCUUGCCUCCAUCGGGGCGGGACCUUCUCGCUUUGCCAAUUCCAGCGCCGAGCACGAGGAGCUUCUCGAAAUCUCCAGGGGCUUCUCUGACUGCUCCAGCUUUGGCUCCGACAUCUCUGGCGAGCUCCAGAGGCUGGCCUCCUUUUCCAUAUCUGAGGUGCCGCGGAGCGUUGUGGCAUCCAACGUCGAAGGUUUCGAGGAAUCCGGGCUCAGCACGUCGUCGGAGAGCCUAGAGUACGCGUCGGUGGAAGGUGUCGAGCCGGUGGUGCGUGUUUGCGUGGAGCGUCUGAGGUCGGUGUCGGUGGAGGCGAAGCGGGAGGCUGCGGCGAGGAUCCGGCUCCUGGCGAAGCACCGAUCGGAUUUUCGGUCGCUGAUCGGGGCGUCGGGGGCGAUCUCGGCCCUAGUCCUGCUGCUGCGCAGCACGGAUCCGGCUGCGCAAGAGAAUGAGGCGACGGCGCUGCUUAACCUUUCGCUGGAGGAGGCCAACAAGAGGUGCAUAGUGGCGGCGGGCGCGAUCAAGCCGCUGGUGUACACCUUGCGGACAGGGACAGCCUCUGCGAAGCAGAACGCUGCGUGCACGUUGCUGAACAUUUCGAUGAUCGAGGAGAACCGAGCAACGAUAGGAGCAUGUGGAGCGAUCCCACCAUUUGCUUGCUACCUCAUCUAUAUAGAAAAAAAAUUCAAUAGCCAUCUUGUUCAUAUGCUCGUAAUAGCAUGUGUUCUAUGGAGCUAA